AUGCAGCGUCGUACGGCCUUCAGGAUUUCCUACCAGGAACGUGGCGUCGCGCAUCGACGACGAGGAGCACAGAUUGUAGGAGAAGGUCGUGCGAAACAGUCUGAUGAUGCGUGGUAUCCGGCUUUGUGGCUGCCGAGUAUGGGAGGUGCAGAGGAGGAGGAGGAGGCGGUCGUGUGUGAGGAGGAGAAGAUGACGGGCGACGCGCGCACCGCCGCAUCGGUGCUCACUCACCAGCUGCUGCCCAUCGUCCCUGUCUCCGUCUCGCUCCUCCCGAUCGCCGACGGCCUCGUCUCCGACUGUCCGGUUCAGCUCUGUCCUCCUACCUACACAGCACAUCUACAUUCUCUGGUACUCAUGACGCGACAUGUCAACAUACGCCGGAACGAAUACAUCGAGAACCCCGUCGUCGGCCUCCCCGAAUGGCUGCACCGCCGGGUUUACUGGCCCCGUCAGGAGAUAUCCGCGACAUUUCUGUCAACCUGUCAACGCCCCACAACUUCACUCGCAACAUACACCAUGAUCCCUGUACACAUACCGUGCAUCUCGCCUACGAACGCCCAUACCUUUGCUCAUCGGCACCGUGCUGAGGUCUCCCGGCCUGUCCAGAUCGGUUUUAAGACGAUGGUUACCUGCGUAUCACGCCGCGCAGAAGCCGUUCCCGAACUACUCCGCCCGUCUAGGGAGAUGGCGCAAAGGAAGUUCCGAGGCCCGUCGAGAGGCGCGGGCGACGGCUGCAGGGACACGCUGUACCUUCGCAUUAGCACUAUCCUUCGCUUGACACUCGCAGGUGCCUCCGUCUUGAGUCGCCAGGCUCCCGACUCCUGCAGUCGUCUAUCGUUGACCGACGACCUCUUGCACCUACUCGCUUUCGAUUCCCCAGGAGUUCGACGAUGGCUCGGUCGAGAGGCCGAUGGACAAGAUCGUCGUGAUCAGCCCGUCUCUUCUAGUCCAAUUGUCUGCGACGCCGCAGUGCUUCUCUCACAACUGAAGAGUGCUUGUACGCAUCCGUGA